GGCCGCAGCUAGCGUUUUGGAGGGCGGUCCGCGCGGGAGCUCGCCACGCGGGGCWGGAGUGCCCAGUCGCCGCCAGCGCUUUGGAGCGCCCCCGACCACCCCCGAGCCGCAUCAGCCUCAGAGCCCGCCGAACUUCUCUCCAGACCUCCCCUCAUCUCGGAAACCCUUUCCCACCCUCUUUCAGAUCCCCUUGCUCCCGUGCCACCCACACCCCUUCCCAGAAUCCCCUCCCCCGCACUUUUCUGCACCCCUUUCCGGAGGAUCCCCGCCCCGCUCCAGUUCUCAGAACCCCUCUCCCGCUCCUGCCCCCAGCGCCCCUGCCCCACACCCCCACACCCCUUGCCGCGGCCAUGGCCGUGCGCACCGUGCCCCUGCUCGGCUGCCUUCUGGCACUGCUAGCACUCUGUCCUGGGGGGCACCCACAGACGGUGCUGACCGACGACGAGAUCGAGGAGUUCCUCGAAGGCUUCCUGUCAGAGCUGGAGCCCGAACCUCGGGAGGACGACGUGGAGGUCCCGCCGCCUCCCAAACCCACCCAGCGCGCCCGCAAAGCCCAGGCAGGGGGCAAGCUGGGGGCGGGUGCAGAAGUACCUCCAGAAAAGACUAAAGACAAAGGGAAGAAAGCGAAGAAGGACAAAGGCCCCAAGGCAACCAAGCAGCCCCUGGAGGGGUCCCCGAGGCCUCCCAAGAAGGGGAAGGAAAAGCCACCCAAGACCACUAAGAAGCCCAAGGAGAAGCCACCCAAGGCCACCAAGAAGCCCAAGGAGAAGCCACCCAAGGCCACCAAGAAGCCCAAGGAGAAGCCACCCAAGGCCACCAAAAGGCCCCCGACCGGGAAGAGACUCCCCACUCCAGCCCCUGUGGAAACCUUGGAGUGGCCACUGCCCCCACCCCCCAACACCAACCUUGGGGAGCCACCUCAGGAGGGAGGAGAAGCCUUCCCAAAUACCUGGCAGGGUCAAGGAGAGGAGAUCCAUGUAGAGGCCGGAGAGCACCAGCCUGUGCCUGAGGAGGAGACUGAGGUGCCCACUCUGGACUACAAUGACCAGAUAGAAAGGGAGGACUACGAGGACUUUGAGUAUAUCCGGCGCCAGAAGCAGCCUAGGCCACCACCCAUCAGGAGGAGGCUCUGGCCAGAGCGCCCAAAGGAGAAGGUUGAGGAGCCAGAAGAGAGGAAGGAGAUAAUUGAGCCACCUCCAAAGCCUGUGCUGCCCCCUGACUACGGGGAUGGCUUCGUGAUCCCUAACUAUGAUGACAUGGACUAUUACUUCCUGCCUCCUCCGCCACAGAAGCCCCAUGUUGAGUUGGAAACAGAUGAAGAGAAGGAAGAGCUAAAGAAACCCAAAAARGGCAGCAGCCCCAAGGAGGAAACAGAGGACAAGUGGGCUGUGGAAAAGGGCAAGGACCAAAAAGGUCCCCGAAAGGGCGAGGAGCUGGAAGAGGAGUGGGCUCCAGUGGAGAAAAUCAAGUGCCCGCCCAUUGGGAUGGAGUCGCACCGCAUUGAGGACAACCAGAUCCGCGCCUCCUCCAUGCUGCGCCAUGGCCUAGGGGCACAGCGUGGCCGGCUCAACAUGCAGGCUGGUGCCAAUGAGGAUGACUACUAUGAUGGGGCAUGGUGUGCUGAGGAUGACUCACAGACCCAGUGGAUUGAGGUGGACACCAGGAGGACUACUCGGUUCACUGGCGUCAUCACCCAGGGCCGAGAUUCCAGCAUUCAUGACGACUUUGUGACCACUUUCUUCGUGGGCUUCAGCAAUGACAGCCAGACAUGGAUGAUGUACACCAAUGGCUAUGAGGAAAUGAUCUUCCAUGGGAAUGUGGACAAGGACACACCUGUGCUGAGUGAGCUUCCAGAGCCAGUGGUGGCCCGAUUCAUCCGGAUCUACCCACUUACCUGGAAUGGCAGCCUGUGCAUGCGCUUGGAAGUGCUGGGCUGCCCUGUGACUCCUGUCCACAGCUACUAUGCACAGAAUGAGGUGGUGGCGACUGAUGACCUGGACUUCCGGCACCACAGCUACAAGGACAUGCGCCAGCUGAUGAAGGUGGUGAAUGAAGAAUGCCCCACCAUCACCCGCACAUACAGCCUGGGAAAGAGCUCACGAGGGCUCAAGAUAUAUGCCAUGGAGAUMUCGGACAACCCUGGGGAUCAUGAGCUGGGGGAGCCUGAGUUCCGCUACACAGCUGGAAUCCAUGGCAACGAGGUGCUGGGCCGAGAGCUACUGCUGUUGCUCAUGCAGUACCUGUGCCGAGAGUACCGUGAUGGGAACCCCCGUGUGCGCAACCUGGUGCAGGACACUCGCAUCCAUCUGGUGCCCUCACUGAACCCUGAUGGUUAUGAAGUGGCUGCACAGAUGGGCUCAGAGUUUGGGAACUGGGCACUGGGGUUGUGGACCGAGGAAGGCUUUGACAUCUUUGAGGACUUUCCGGAUCUAAACUCUGUGCUCUGGGGAGCUGAGGAGAGGAAAUGGGUCCCCUACCGGGUCCCCAACAAUAACCUGCCCAUCCCUGAGCGCUACCUGUCUCCAGAUGCCACGGUAUCCACGGAGGUCAGGGCCAUCAUUGCCUGGAUGGAGAAGAACCCCUUUGUGCUCGGAGCAAAUCUGAAUGGUGGUGAGCGGCUCGUAUCCUACCCCUAUGAUAUGGCCCGCACACCCAGCCAGGAGCAGCUGCUGGCUGCAGCCAUGGCAGCUGCCCGUGGAGAGGAUGAUGAAGAGGCAUCUGAGGCUCAGGAGACCCCAGACCAUGCCAUCUUCCGCUGGCUGGCCAUCUCCUUUGCCUCUGCUCACCUCACCAUGACAGAGCCCUACCGAGGAGGCUGUCAGGCUCAGGACUACACCAAUGGCAUGGGCAUUGUCAAYGGGGCCAAGUGGAAUCCGCGAUCAGGGACUAUCAACGACUUCAGUUACCUGCACACCAACUGCCUGGAGCUCUCUAUCUACCUGGGCUGUGAUAAAUUCCCCCAUGAAAGUGAGCUGCCCCGGGAGUGGGAAAACAACAAGGAGGCGUUGCUCACCUUCAUGGAGCAGGUGCAUCGUGGCAUCAAAGGUGUAGUGACAGAUGAACAAAGCAUCCCCAUUGCCAAUGCCACCAUCUCUGUGAAUGGCAUCAACCAUGGCGUAAAGACAGCAAGUGGUGGUGAUUACUGGCGCAUUUUGAACCCGGGUGAGUAUCGAGUGACAGCCCAUGCAGAGGGUUUUACCUCCAGUUCCAAGACCUGCAAUGUGGACUAUGACAUUGGGGCCACCCAGUGCAACUUCAUCCUGGCUCGCUCCAACUGGAAACGCAUUCGGGAGAUCAUGGCCUUGAAUGGGAACCGGCCCAUUCUGCGUGUUGACCCCUUGCGCCCCAUGACCCCUCAGCAGCGCCGCCUGCAGCAGCGCCGCCUACAGUACCGCCUGCGAAUGCGAGAGCGGAUGCGACUGCGUCGCCUCAAUACCACUGUGGGUCCCACCACUACUCCAACCCCUGUCCCCAGCCCCACUGCUGCUCCCACCCCAGGCACUACCUGGGGACCCUGGGGCCUUCUACCUACAACCACUGCAGGUUGGGAGGAAUCGGAAACCGAGACCUACACGGAGGUAGUAACAGAGUUUGGGACAGAGUUUGGGACAGAGUUUGGAACAGAGUUUGGAACAGAAUUUGGGACUGAGUUGGAGCCCGAAGAGGAGGAGGAAGAGGGGGAAGAGGAGGAAGAGGAGAUAGCUGCUGGCCCUGCGUUCCCCUUCACAACAGUGGAGACCUACACGGUGAACUUUGGAGACUUCUGAGACCAGGGUCUCAUCACCACCUGGCCCAGCUCAAGCUACAGCAGCACUUCCCAAGCCUGCGCCCACAGACACACCCAUCAGCACAUGGAAGGCCCCUGUGUGGGUCCUGCAGGAGACACAAAGGAGACAAGGACCCAAGAGCCAGUGUCUGUGCAGAGGUUCCUGCCCUGCCUGUCAGCCUUCAGGGAGGGGCAGGGAGGCACCCAAGGUCACACCAA